AUGAAUGCCCCAGCUGCUUUCGAAUCAUUACUUCUCCUCGACGACAAAAAGUUUUACAUUGAAAAAGACACAAAGGUACCAAAUGCAGCAAUUUUCACAAUUAACAAAGAAGAUCAUACGCUUGGAAAUAUGCUGAAAGUUCAACUUCUCAAAGAUCCCGAAGUACUGUUCGCCGGCUACAAAAAUCCUCAUCCAUUGGAACACAAGAUCUUGCUUCGUAUUCAGACGACUAGCCAAACAACUCCAGCUGAUGCUUUAACGACAGCCAUUACCGAUUUAGUUGGAGAACUGUCGCUACUCGAGCAUCGUAUCGACGCCGCUAUCAAGAAAUGUACAUCAGCGAGUGACCAUGAUCGGGGAUAUAACUAA